UUUAAUUAUUUAAAUUCAAAUAAGUUUACUGUCAGCAAUUAAAUAUUUCUUGUUUCAAAAUACCAACAUUUAAUUUUUAUUUUACUUUCUUUGCCUGAUUCUAUCAUUUUUACUUAUUCCAAAAUGUUGAUUUUUUUUUAUUUUUAUAACCUUUACUUGAGUAGCUGUUUACCAACUUUACUUUUAACGUUAAGUUGUGUAAUUACUAUUGUUAAUUUGAUUAAUAUUGUGAAGUAAUGCUAGUCUCUGGAAUACAUUGAAACUGCUUGUGACACUGCGAUAACCUCAAGCAGCCAGCAGAGGUCGCUGUCUAACAGCAAGGGAUAAAUAAGUUAAUUUAAAAAAUAAUUGUGAACUAUUUGGUACUUUCAAUAAAAAUCUGCGUCUUCAAGAAAAUUUAUAAAAUGCAGAUUUUUGAUAAUGUAUUUUGAAGGUAGUAAAUUUUAAGAAAUGGUUGCGUCAUGGGAAGAUGAUCCAAUUAUCGAGCUAGAAGAGUGACGACAGAGCGGAAGCAUCCCUGCACCUGCUGAGGACGGAGGAACAAGAAAGCUUUCUGAGCGUGAUGUCUGGAGGUUUAACGUCCCAGUGGGUCUUAAGUCAUCCUUUACGAGAACAACGCGUGAAGGACAUCCACUUUGUGGAGGCAGAGGCCCGCACCGUCGCGGUUCCGACUGUUAGCAGUGGAGGAGCUAACUGUGAUUAGCCGUCAAGCUAAACACUAUUGAUCAAAAAACCGGAAACUGUUUCACAACACUGCAGGGAUCGGGGUCCCGGAGGAGAAGCCUGCCUCAUGCCCCGCUGCUGAGUAUCAGGAUGCAGAUCCUGGUGGCAAAGCUGCUCGGCCUGCUAGGGCUGUUCGGCCUCAUGCUGGCUGGUGUGCUGAUCCCGGUGCGCCUCCUGCUGGUCGACCAUGAGAAAGCAAACAGGUACAGAAGAGCGCUGUCGCUCUGCAACUCGUUUGGAGGAGGCGUGUUCCUCGCCACCUGCUUCAACGCCCUGCUGCCCGCCGUCAGAGACAAGGUGGCAGUGUUGUUUGAGCAGCUGAAGAUCAGCAGUGAUUAUCCUCUGGCAGAGACGAUGAUGAUGGUGGGCUUCUUCCUCACCGUGUUUGUGGAGCAGGCGGUCCUGACCUUCAAGAGGGAGAAACCAUCCUUCAUCGACCUGGAGACCUUCAACGCCGGCGGCUCAGAGGCUGGCAGCGACUCUGAAUACGACACGCCCUUCAUCUCCUCUGCUCGGGGCUCAGUGGGUGGAGCCAGACGGCAUGGACACCAUCAUGGACAUUUCAGCCCCCCCGAGUUGGCAGGAGCGGGCCCUCUGCGGCUGGCUGGGCUGGUCCUGGCUCUGUCGGCGCACUCUGUGUUCGAGGGCUUGGCGCUCGGCCUGCAGGAGGAGGGAGCGAAACUGGGGGGCCUCUUUCUGGGCGUGGCCGUCCACGAGACGCUGGCCGCUGUCGCCCUCGGGGUGAGUAUGGCCAAAUCAUCGCUAGGCAUGAAGGAUGCCAUCAAGCUGGGCGUCACCGUCAGCUUGAUGAUCCCUCUGGGCAUGGUGGUGGGGAUGGGCAUCCAGUCGGCGCAGACGCUGGGGGGCGACGUGGCGUCCGUGCUGCUGCAGGGACUCGCUGCAGGAACCUUCCUGUUCGUCACCUUCUUUGAGAUCUUGUCCAGAGAGCUGGAGGACAACCGAGAUCGACUGCUCAAAGUGCUCUUCCUCAUUCUUGGCUACACCGCGCUCGCCGUGCUCGUCUUUAUCAAGUGGUGACACACAGGAAGUGCAUGGAGGCGUGAAACCAAAAGAAGGAGGAGCCACGGCUGGACUCAGAAGAUACUGAAGAGUUUCUGAACUGAUGUGAAGUUUUAACCAAAACACGAAUUUGUACUUUUGAUAGAUUUUGAGGAAUUAUUUAAAACAUUUUGUGAUCCAGUUGGAAGGACGAAGAUGAACUUUCUCCAUCCUGAUGUGUUUGAUUUCUAACUUUUGCCAACAGAUUUGAAGGUGUUUUGAUUUUUAUCUGUGGAUGUUCAAAAAUGCAGGUUUGCUUUCACUUUUUACCUGAAAGCGCUGCAAUGAUGUCGGUGAGCACAUGACUUCCUGUUCCUGCAUUGAUCAGGAGUUCAGGGUCUCGUUUAUCAAUGAAGUGUUCAAGGCGCCAUUUGCACUGUCUCCUUCCAGCAGCAGGUUGCUGGUUUGAAUCCCGGUUGUGUUCGUCCUUUGUGUGGAGUUUGUGCGUUUGUGCUCCAGGUUCUGUAGGAAAAUUGUGCCGUUAACUGUUUGCGUGGUUUCUUUCAAUAAACAUGUAUUUAAAGGCUG